CCUUGCUCCCUAGCCAUUUCCACAGGAUCCCUUUGGGGCGGACUGAAGAUGAGCACCCAGAACCCGCCCAGGCUCCUGGACCUGGCGGCAAAGAGCCUGCUGCGGGACGGGGGCGUGGCCGUCGCGGGUCUGGAGCACCUCCCGGCGGAGCUCUUCCCGCUGCUGUUCAUGGAGGCCUUCUUUGGGAAGCACACAGAGUCUCUGCAGGCGCUGGUGCAGGCCUGGCCCUUCUCCUACCUCCCUCUGGGGGGCCUCAUGCAGCUACCUCAGGGCCGGACCUUACAAGCCACGUUAGAUGGGCUUGACCUCCUGCUUGCCCAGAAGGUUCGCCCCAGGAGGUGGAAACUGCAGACGCUGGAUUUACGGAACACCGGGCAGAACUUCUGGAACCUGUGGUCUGGAGCUGGGGCCCAGGGGUGCUCACCGACGAGACCGGUGGCUGUGGAGAGUUGCAGGGUGAAGCAGCCCUUGGCUUCCUUGGAGGUGCUCAUAGACCUUUGCAUCAGCGAUAGGAUCCAGGAUCAGUUCUUCACCUCCCUCAUUGGGUGGGCCAAGCAGAGAGAAGGGUCCCUGCACCUGUGCUGCAAGACGCUGAAGAUGUUUGCAGUGACCAUGGAGGAGACUGAGAAUGUCCUGGCUCUGGUGCACUGGGGCUGCGUCCAGGAGGUGGAGGUUCACUGCACCUGGAGCCUGUCCACCCUGGGGAAGUUUGCUCCCUACCUGGGUGAGAUGAGUCACCUGCAGAGGCUCUCGCUCUCCCACAUCUACGUACCGGACUCCGAGGAGGGGGAGGAGCGACACCUGUCUCGGUUCACCUCUCAGAUCCUCAGGCUGAAGCAUCUCCGGAAGCUCUACUUGGAAUCUCCCUACUUCCUUAUGGGCCGCCUGGACCGGCUGCUCAGGUGCCUGCAGACCCCCCUGGAGACGCUCUCUAUAACCGGUUGCCUGUUUUCAGAAUCAGACUUAAUCUAUCUGUCCCAGUGCCCGAACCUCAGUCAGCUCAAGGACCUGGAUCUGAGUGGCGUCAACUUCACCGGUCUGAGCCUUGAGCCCCUCCGGGCUCUGCUAGAGAAAGUUGCAGCCACCCUCCAGGACCUGGACUUGAUUUUCUGUGGUCUCGAGGACUCCCACGUGGAGGCCAUCCUGCCUGUCCUGAGCCGCUGCCACCAGCUCAGGGUCUUGAGCAUCUCUGGGAACCUCCUCUCCAUAGCCACUGUGGAGAAGCUGCUGCACCACACGGCCGGGCUGCACAAUUUAAGCCUUGAGCUGUACCCAGCCCCCCUGGAGACCUACAGCUCCGAGGGGGCUCUGGAGCUGGGGACAUUUGCCCGAAUCCGGGCUGAGCUGAUGGCGUUUCUGAAGAAGCUAGGAAAGCCCAGAACCAUCUGGCUCAGCACCAGCCCCUGUCCUCACUGUGGCAACAAGAAAUUCUAUGAUACAGAGCCCGUUCUGUGUCCCUGUGAAAACCCUGCUUAG